AUGCGGAUGCUGGUCCCCGCACUCCUUGUCCUCUUCUUCUGCCUCAGAGGGCGUGCAGGCCUGUCACCCCACUUCCUGCAACAGCCAGAGGACCUGGUAGUACUGCUGGGGGACGAGGCCCGUCUGCCCUGUGCCCUGGGCGCAUACUGGGGGCUGGUUCAGUGGACUAAGGAUGGGCUGGCUCUAGGCGGCGAAAGAGACCUGCCAGGGUGGUCCCGGUACUGGAUAUCAGGGAAUGCAGCCAGUGGCCAGCACGACCUCCACAUUAGGCCCGUAGAGCUAGAGGAUCAAGCAUCCUACGAAUGUCAAGCUACACAAGCAGGCCUCCGCUCUCGACGAGCCCAACUGCACGUGCUGGUGCCUCCAGAACCCCCCCAGGUGCUGGGUGGCCCCUCUGUGUCUCUGGUUGCUGGGGUUCCUGCGAAUGUGACCUGUCGGAGCCGUGGGGAUGCCCGCCCCACCCCUGAGCUGCUGUGGUUCCGAGAUGGGGUCCGGCUAGACGGGGCCACCUUCCGCCAGACCCUGUUGAAGGAAGGAGCCACUGGGUCAGUGGAGAGCAUCUUAUCUUUGACCCCUUCCAGCCACGAUGAUGGAGCCAUCUUGGUUUGCCGGGCUCGGAGCCAGGCCCUGCCCGCGGGGAAGGACACAGCCAUCACACUGAGCCUGCAGUACCCCCCAGUGGUGACUCUGUCUGCAGAACCACAGACAGUGCAGGAGGGAGAGAAGGUCACUUUCCUAUGCCAGGCCACAGCCCAGCCUCCUGUCACCGGCUAUAGGUGGGCAAAGGGGGGCUCCCCUGUGCUUGGGGCCCGCGGGCCAAUGUUGGAGGUAGUGGCGGACGCUUCAUUCCUGACUGCGCCGGUGUCCUGCGAGGUCAGCAACGCAGUGGGUAGCGCCAACCGCAGCACAGCGCUGGAUGUGCGAUUCGGGCCGAUUCUGCAGGCAAAGCCGAAACCCUUAUCCGUGGACGUAGGGGAAGACGCCUCCUUCAGCUGUGUCUGGCGCGGGAAUCCGCUUCCACGCGUAACCUGGACCCGCCGCGGGGACGCGCAGGUGCUGGCGUCCGGGCCCACGCUGCGUCUUCUCGCGGUGGGGCCCGAGGAUGCAGGCGACUACGUGUGCAGAGCCGAGCCGGGGCUCUCGGGCCUGGGGGGCGGCGCUGCGGAAGCUAGGUUGACUGUGAACGCUCCCCCAGUGGUGACCGCCCUGCACUCUGCGCCCGCCUUCCUGAGGGGCCCCGCCCGCCUCCAGUGUCUAGUCUUCGCCUCCCCCGCCCCAGAAGCCGUGGUCUGGUCUUGGGAUGAGGGCUUCCUGACGGCAGGGUCGCGGGGUCGGUUCCUGGUGGAGACAUUCCCAGCCCCAGAGGGCCGCGGGGGACAGGGUCCAGGCCUGAUCUCUGUGCUGCACAUUUCGGGGACCCAGGAGUCCGACUUUAGCCGGGGCUUCAACUGCACUGCCCGGAACCGGUUGGGCGAAGGAGGCACCCAGGUCAGCCUGGGACGUAGAGACUUGCUGCCCACUGUGCGGAUUGUGGCUGGAGUGGCCGCAGUGGCCAUGACUCUCCUUAUGGUCAUCACUGGGGUGGCCCUCUGCUGCUGGCGCCACGGCAAGGUGUCCCUGGCCUCAGCCUCUUUCUCCAAGCAAAAGAAUCUGGUGCGAAUCCCAGGGAGCAGCAACGGCUCCAGUUCGAGGGGUCCCGAGGAGGAGACAGGCAGCAGCAAGGACCAGGGCCCCAUCGCGCACACAGACCACAGUGACCUGGCUCUGGAUGAGGAGGGAGCUCUGGAGACCAAGGACCCAACCAAUGGUUACUACAAGGUCCGAGGAGUCAGUCCACCCACGUCUCCAGACUCAUGUGUGACAUCUCUCCAACUGAAGAGUCCUGGGAUCUUCAACUUGCCAUAAUGGAUUGUCCUGAUUUCUGAGGAACCAGAACAAGUUGGCGACCUUACUCUUCCAAAAUAGAACAUUGAGGGGAGGGAAAGAUCGUUACAAUUGUCUGGGUCAUUGAUAUACAGUCAGCUCAGCCAAAGGGGAUGUCCCAAGUGGGAGCAAGAAGGCCACUGUGCCUACCUCUUCCCCUGUGUAAAAGAGAGUCAAGAUGGCACAUGGACCCUUUGCAGAGGGAUGGGGGGACAGGGGGUGAUGGGAGUUAGGGGCAGAGAAGGAAGUUGUUUCCAAACACUGAAAGAAGAUAGUUCAAGAUGACCACCUGCAUUGAGAAGAAAGGCAACAUAAGGCAGAUUAAGAUGGAGGACCUGUCCUGGCUCUCCCCAAGGGGCACUUUGCUUCACCCAUGGAAUUGCAGCCAAAAUGGCCAUUCACUCCCUGGGAAUCCAAGAUGGUCACUAUCUUGAUUUUUUCUACCUUUCUUAAAGGCCCUGGAAGAACUGGACCCAAGGAGUAAGAAUAGGGUGAGAGCUCGGAAGAGGGU